GAUAUUGAUAAGGACGAUCAUUUUGUUAAGAUUCUCUCCCCACGGGCCAUGCGCUCCGGCUGUAGGAGUUUAGUUAGGGUUCCGCCAUCCUAUUGCCUUCCCCUACUUCACCCCUGUUCAUUCGAGUCGAACCAUUCUGUCUCCCAAAAAUCCUCGUAAAGUUUACUCUCUCUCUCUCUCUCUCUCUCUCUCUCUCGUGCUCAUUUCUGAUUCCCUUUUCCGAAAUUUUGCUUUCUUGAAACAUCAAAGCCAUUUUCCGUACUUCAUUACGUCUUUUUUAGGAAUCGGAUACCCCAAGCUUCUCUUCUAUUUGUAAUUCUGUGGAACACUGUCCGUCUCAGGGGGCUUGGAUCAAACCGAGAGCGUUUGCUUGUUAAGGGGGUUUUCGGUGGUAUUGGAGCAACGCAUGAAUCGUUUUUGUUCAAUUAUAUGAAUCGAGAACAUACUAAAGAAAGUGAAUUGUAGUUGCUAGUGAAUAGAUUCAAUUUGCAUUGGACUUUCCAUUUCAACUUUGGAUAAUGUGAGUUAUUGUCAGUUGCCAGUUGCCAGUUGCGACUUUGGAAGUAACGAAGAAACCCUACUGUUAGGGUAAUGAUGAGGAACUUAAGCGUAUUGUUGUAAAACUUGGACUUAUUUGGUCAUCCGGUGUAAAUUGUUUGGAUCAAUUAUAAUUCACUUAGGAUUUGAAGGGAUGAGUGUACCAAUUUGGACGGAGUGAUAGAGCAAAUUGAGGCUGCAUUGAAAUUCACGUCGUGGGGUCAAUUUAAAUGAUUUCAUGAAUGCCGCCAUCUUGAUUUUCUGCACUAACAAUCAGCUCCAGCUGCAGCCAGUUGCUAGCUGGAAAAGUAUAUCUAUGGAGAUUGAUGUUCCUGAUGAAAGUAAUGAAAGCGCACCCAGGACAGAGGAAAAUGGUUCUCUUAUGAGGCCGGUUUUACCUGAAGAGUCCGGUGUUGGUUUACCAUAUGCUCCUGUAAAUUGGCCCAAUCCAGGUGAUAUGUGGGGUUGGAGGGUGGGUAGGAGAGUUGCCACUACUGGACAUUAUUUGGAUAGGUACCUGUAUCUUCCGAGGCGCCUUUACCAUGUCAGAUGCUCAAUGAAUAGAAAGCAUGCUUUUGCAAGCAAACUUUCUGUUGAACGAUUUAUCCGAACAGAAUUCCCUGGUGCUGAUGUUAAUGCAUUUUUUGCUUCAUUCAGCUGGAAGAUCCCAGCAAAGAAGUCGGCAUUAACAAAUGGUCAUGUAGAGGGGCUUAGUUUAUCCACUGUACCUUUUGACUGGAUAGCAGAAUAUGACGAGUCUGGUUCCCAGACUAACACUGUGGGAUGCAAGGCUGGGAAUAAGAUGUGCAACAGUAUCUUGAAACAAGUAUACAAUCCACCUUUAGCAGCCAUGCAAUGUGAUCUUUGCUGCAGUGAACCCCGUUUCUGCCAGGAUUGUUGUUGUAUCUUAUGUAGCAAGACUAUUAAUUUAGAAUAUGGAGGCUACAGUUACAUUAAAUGUGAAGCAGUGGUGGCUGAGGGUUAUAUAUGUGGACAUAUUGCUCACAUUGACUGCGCUCUUCGAUGUUACAUAGCUGGGACAGUAGGAGGAAGCAUUGGGUUGGAUGCUGAGUACUAUUGCCGUCGUUGUGAUGCAAGAACAGAUCUUAUAUCACAUGCUACUAGGCUUUUACAAAUAUGUGAAUCUAUUCAUUCUCGGGAUGACAUAGAGAAGAUUUUAAGUGUUGGCGUCUGCAUUUUGCAAGGUUCACGGAAAACCAGUGCAAAGUGUUUGUUGCAUCGUUUCGAAUUGGCCAUUCUGAAGCUCAAAAAUGGGACUUCUGUUGAAGCUAUCUGGAAAGUGGAAGAUAACUUCUUAAUUAUGUCUGCAGGUGCCUCACACCAUGGAAAUGCUGCCCCAACAGUUACAAAUAGCGAAGAAACUUAUGAUGUCACCAAGAGCUCAGAGCACACGUUUUCCAUACAUUUUGACCCUUGGACAGAGUCUCUAAAGCUCGAAGAUGAGAUUGACCAUGUCCUGCUGGAACUGAAAAAUUCACAGGAAUCAGAAUAUAAAAUCGCAGAGGAAAGGCUUUAUGCACAGAAGAAUUAUCUUCUCAGCUUAUAUCAGCAACUCGAGAAUGAAAAGUCUGAACUGUCAUGUCGCCAAUCAUCAGCUGACCCAGAUAGCUUUCCGGGCUGUGUUUCGAAUCGAGUACAGCAGAUAGAACGGGAACUCGAGAAACUUAGGGAUAUGGGAAAAGUAGCCAAUGGUUUUGGAAAGACGUCGAAAAGAAUCCUUAAGGACCACUUUGGUUUAGAAACUGAGAACUGAACCUUUACUGCCUUACAGUUUAAUCUGACAACUGUUCAUCAGAGUUUGGUCUUGGAUUGUGUUCAUCCUUCACACCCUUUUCUUCAUAGCGACCUUGCAUUGAAUUAAAAUGAAAGAUACAAGAGAUAGGGGUGGAAUCAAAAAAUGGGCAGUGGAUGCCAACUGCAAGUCCAAGUUAUUUGGCCGAUCAAAGGGCAAAUUUUGAGUACCUAUGGUUGGAGACGUAUAAUCUAUGACUUGUCUGAGGAGUCGGAUAAUGCAGCAUUUCUGACAGAGUCUGCCCACUUGCCAAUGAAAAAUCUGGACACGCCGCAUCAAAGGGAUGAAAAUUUAGUUGUUGAAUGGAGUAGCUACCUUGAUGUUAAAUCAAAAAUUUGUGGAUCGGUGGAUAAACCUUGGAAGAUACGUCGAAGGGAUUGUGAAAGAUUUACUGGGGUGUACAUUGAAGGGUCACUUCGUUAGCCUUGUGAUUUUUGUGUUCGUAACUUACAUAUAUUGGAGCUGGUAACCGUUUUACUCAAGUAAAACAGCUUAUAGUGUAGGUUGUAGUGAUUGUAUUCCUAGUUGGGAUUUUGCUUCAAUCCUACGAUGUAUUUGAGGAACGGCUGCCUGUUCUUCGCAGCAAUUCACCCAUAUUUCACCGAUGAUGGAGGAAAAAAGGACUUUACACAUUUGUGCAGUUGGGCAUUUGUUUGUUACUCUGGUUUGAGAAGACAAAAUUGGGCAAUUGUGGCAUGGGUUUAA